UCUAAGAAUCGUGUCGCAAUUUCUCAAACUUGAUUAUUCAAAUAAAAGUGAAUGAGAGAUCUGCAUUUUGGGACAAUUAAUGAAUUAUUUUCAUAGAUUAGUCGGUUGAACAUACUUAAAAGAUGCUGGAGGAAAUAAUUGGGUUUGCCUUGUCGAUUUGUUCACUCUUCGUUUCGGAUAUACCGAGAGUGACUUCCAAUACGGAAACUUUACAAGACAGUUGUAGUUUUGAGUUUAGAGAUGUGGACGAUGAUGCACAAAAUACUUUUAUUAACAAAGAGUACGACGACAAUAAUUACGAUGAAAUGAUAAAUGAAAAUUUUGGAAGUGAGGCAAAUCAGUGCGUAACUAAUUUUGAUUAUUGUGAAACCCGUAAAAAAGCUUGGAAGUCAUUUUGGAAAUGUUUGUGGAUAAACUUUAGCAUCAUUGUAGCCAUAAUCAUCCCUAUUGCGUUUGCUAUAACGCUUGUUUACGUGGCAAUGAAUACGACCAACAGUUGUCGACAAUGGCAGAAAAAGAACAACACGCUACCGUUGUAUGUAAAGCGUGCUCACGUCUUUGGUGGUUGCGUCAAUUCGAUAUUGGUAUAUGCAUGGUUUCCAUUCACGAUGAUUUUAUUAUUCGGUUGGAAUGAAUUUAAAGCAAAGUUUUUAUCCAUAGUUUAUCUAGGAGUAAUCUUCUGCGAAUUGGUUGUUAUAUAUCACUUGAUUUCGUUCCAGCUCAAUGUUUACGAUGUUCAUAGCUACUACAGAUAUCCUACAGCUAUUUUAUUCAGCCUCUCGUUAGUAUGCUCCUCAGUUGUCGUCGUUUACAACAUUCGAGUAAACGAACCUUAUAUUCCAUAUUCCAACUGUCACAUCAUAACACUUGUUCUUAUGGAAUUUACAUCUUGUCUUUCAGUUUCGUAUUUAUACAAGUAUACUAUCAUUCCUGAGUUUAAUAAUGUUCGCCUGAACUUGUACAAAUUCUUGCUUGCUACCACAGCACCACUGCUAGCGCUUAUUCCCACAGUGCUUUGCAGGCAUAUGGCGUUGAGAAAAAGUUCCGAGGUCGUUCAUCCUGGUCGUAGUUUUGUUUUGGUGUACGUAAUCCGAGGUGGAGUUAUAUUUCUUUAUAGGACAAUGCAGACAAACGUGAAAAGCAUUUGGCUUUUCAUCGGUCUUUCAUUGUUUUCAGCGGUUUUGAACUUUUUAAAAAGGGCAACCCAAAAACUACGCUUCAACUUAUGGAAACAAAUGGUUUUAGCUUUAAACAAAUUCUGUUGUUUUCAAAGAUUACAGGUUUUACCAUGGAACACAGCUCAUGCCAGACGAUUAAAGGCUGAUUUAGAAAUUCAAGAUAUACUUUUCGAAUACAACACCCUCAUUUUGAGUCAAGCCUACUUCAUUUCCUAUCAGCUUCAAAGUUUUAACAUUGCCACGGAGCCAAUGUUACAUAAGUUCCUGAAAAGGAUUGCGAUCGGUGUUACCAUCGAUUUCAUCUUUAACUGUCUGUCCAACUAUGUUCAAAUGUUUUACUACAACAUUCCUAUAGGCCGCGUGUGGAAAAAAUACUGGAAACGACAUUUGUUGGCCAAUCUAGUUGUUGUGUUUACUAUUAUCGCUAAUUUUAGCAAAGCUUUCGAAUCUGUGUUUCGAUCGUACUUUGAAGAUACUGGAGAGAGUUCCAUAUACGUUAUUAAGAACUGUUCGUUGUUUUAGUUUAGAAAUUCAUACAAAUAUAUCUUUACGAUUAACGAGGAUUGUUUUCGUAAGUACUAACAACUAUGACUACGACGCCUUGAAGUAGAUUACAGAUCAAAUCACCCGGACGAGGAAAUUUCCCAACCUGUCGAUGACAAGGGAUUACUUAAUUAGUUAUCUAUGGUUUUAAUUGGUAAAAGCGUAGUCAAUGGGAGUUUUAAGGCGUACAAUUGUUUUUCAUGAUUGCCUAAAGUGCCGUGAGAAUAAUAUUUUUACAACGUGCAAGUGGUACGUAUAAAUAAAAAUUUCAACCGUUUGAAUGGUUUACAGUUACAGUAACAUUUUGACAAGUCGACUACGACUCGUGUCAUUCCCUGAAACGGUCAAACUUCGUACUCGCAGUUGUACUCUUGCUAAAGCUAUCUUGCGUUGUUCGCGAUGUCGAAGAAUGUGGUUGAAAAAUAAAUUUUCGUUUGUGACAUGUUGACGCUAUACUACAAUAGUACAUAUUUAUAAUAUAGUAUUAAUAAAUGAGAGUGGAAAUUUAUGGAAUACUAAUUAUGUGAAAGUCUAGACAUA